AUGGGCAGUACUGAGACCAAGACGGACGUCCCUUUCGCACUGGAUGAGCUCACCAUACCUCAAUACCACUCGGCACUUAUUCAUAGACGAACGACAUGCGCCGCAACGAUCACUGCGUAUAUCGCCCGCAUACACCAGUACAAUAGCACCUUGAAAGCGAUUCUCACCGUAAACCCUAACGCCGUGCAUGAAGCCUACCAGAAAGACCAAGAACUCGCGUCUUGCAUCGACAACACCGACAAGGACAAAUCUGAACCCACUCUCCGACCUUUGCACGGCGUCCCAGUAAUUCUAAAAGAUACCUAUACGACAGCCUUUCUUCCCACUACGUCCGGCGUUCAAGCUCUUCGCACACUAACGACCGACACCUCAUGCACAGUCGUGCAGAACCUCCUGAACAAGGGCGCCAUUAUCUUGGCAAAGUCCAACCUGCACGAGUUCUCGCUGGAGGGAAUCACCCUCUCUUCCCUCGGCGGCCAAACCCUAAACCCCUACGACCUCACCCGCACCCCUGGUGGCUCCUCCGGUGGCACGGCCGUCGCUCUGGCGACGAACAUGGGACUGGUAGGCUGUGGUGGCGACACAAUGAACUCACUGCGGUCUCCAGCGUCUGCCUGCGCAGUAGUUGGCUUCCGUCCGACUCGCGGCCAGGUCUCCCGGCAAGGCAUUGUUCCAGUUACAGAAACACAAGAUGUAGCCGGGCCGAUGGGUCGGACGGUGGGGGACGUGCGGAUUCUCUUCGAGGCAAUGAGAGGACAAGAUCCGGGAGACCCCGCGACUCUGAAUCCGCGACGGUAUCAACCAGUCAGUCACAUCCGUGCGUCCAAGAUAAAACUAGGCGUCUUAAAAGACUACUUUAGCGACGGAACCACGACCGAAGGUUUAACGAUCAACAAAGCCAUCUGUGACGCACUAGCCAGGCUUGGAACCAACUCACCAUCCAUUGACUUCGUUGAGAUUCCUCAUAUACCCGACUGGGACGUCUUACGCCUCCGCAAUACAGCGGACACCCAAGCUUACGAAUUCCGCACGAUACUCGACGCAUUUCUCAACUCACAAACCGUAACCACGCCGCACAGAUCCUUGGCUGCCAUCGCAGCAAGUGGCCAAUACAACCCCCAGGCCAUGACGGCCGUCUUUGACCAGACACUCCAAGGCGGCGAGUUUACGCCCACAAGCCCCGAGUACCGCUCCCGACUUGAGAGGAUAGAAUCUCUCAAAGGGUCAGUGGAGCGGUGUUUCCAGGAGCAUGGACUCACGGCCUUGGUGUAUCCACAUCAGAAACAGCUUGUCGCCAGUGUGGGGUGCACGAUACAGCCGGGUAGAAAUGGGAUUUUGGCGGCGUUGACAGGACGGCCGGCGAUUUGUUUGCCUGCAGGAUUCAGUCCCGAGACGCCCUCCGCACCGCUGGGCAUCCCCAUCGGCAUCGAACUAAUGGGCCAACCCUGGAAAGACCAGGAACUGUUAGCCCUCGCGCAGGAAUUCGAAUCCGUCCUCGCCGCAAGGAAACCGCCCAUUCUCCCCUAA